CCCGUGAUGAGAUUGAGAGCCCUUUGAAGCCGCCCAGCGUUGCCAGCCCUCGAUGCGCUUUUGUCCAAGGUGCUCGCUCCUUGCCUACUGACCACUACAGCCCCUUGCAUUACUGAGCCCCUUUCUCUGCCACCUUUAGCAGACUGGACCAGGUGCACAGAUCAUCUAGUCAAGGUCAUCCGAUGGCCCUAACAAUCGACGUAACCAACGGAACGUCAGCCUCCGCAGCUGCUGUGACCCCUCACCACGCUACCAAGGGUAAGGACCGAGAAUCAGAGGCGGUGCACCGCAGCCCGCGCACCGCAGCAGGCGAUGCAACGCCUGCAAAAAGGGCAUGGCAAGCCAGGUCGUCUCAUUACAGUUCUGGUGCAGAUGAGUGGGAAGAAGAAUACGAGCAAGGUGAUGACCAAGAAGCGGGAGCGGGAAAGGAGCGAUGGUUCAAGGAGUUCGACAGGCAGUGGAACGAGUCGCGUGCCUCGUCAUUGGGUCGGGCCUCGAGAGAGUCAAAACCCCCCAUCAUCGACGUCGACGCCCGAGACGACGCUGAAGGAGGUUCAGCUAGUCGCACCAGCAGCCGUCUUCGCCCUCAUCCAGCCGACUGGCGCGUCAGCGGCAUGCUAGGAAAGGCCAACAGCAGCACGACUUUAGGUCGAGAAGCUCGAGAUCCCAUCCAUGGCUACCUCAACUUCACCGCCAGUCGUGGUGGAGCUGUGCGCACCUUCGCGCUGCCUCCCUCAUCCAUUGAUGGGCUCACAUACGAGACCCUCGCUCGCAUCCUCGACUUGGAGCGUAGCCUAGAGGACUCAUCAUGGGGUCUCCCUGGCAGCGGCAACAGUGCCCGGCGCAAGGGCAAGCGCUCCUCAAGUUCGACCAACUUCUUUGGCUCAAGCAGCCGAUCUCGCACCUCUCAUCUUCCAACUCUAUAUAUAGAGCAUACUGUGGACCCCUCCAUCCUCGCCACCGGCUCCAAGCGGACACCACGGCCGUACAGCAAGUGGUCUCCCCUCACCCCGUGGCCUCAUCCCAACGAAUCAUUACAAGGUUUCCUGAUGGCAGACUUCUUCCGGCGACAAGUCACCAAGGGGGCAUGGGUCCACCUCACCAUCAAGGAGAAGGGGGAGCCCCCACCAAAGGAUAGUGAGGCAUUCGGACCAAGUGGAGUGGCGAGGAUUGGCAAGGGGCUGAGCAGAUUGAGUUGGGGAUUGGGGAGCCUGUUUGGUGGGCUGGACUCGCCUGCAUCGCCGCGCGAGGAGCCCGCGAGGAGGCAGCAGUACCUCCAGCUCAAGGACAAUUUGUUAGACAGCUCCGAGGAGGGGACGGACGAUUCGAAGAUGACGGGCAGGCAAGCGAGGGCUGCCGUAGACAGAGAUGUGAAAGGCGAGAAACAGCGCGAGCCGGGACCCGUGAGGAGGUGGCUGCGCUCUGUCUUCCGUUUGGGAGCCAAGUCCGAGACGAAGAAGCCAGAUCAAGCUGCGCAAAGUCCGGAGGUUGGCAGCACCCGCCCAUUGCUACCUCAAGCCAGUGAGCAAGACGCCCCAGUGCUGGACAUCAAUGCCAUCACUGCAGGUGCAGCUGCUGCUGCGGCUAACCCUCAGGCCAACCCCGAGCCAAUCGAUCCUUUCCGCGACCCUACUCCACAACCACAACCUCAGGCCCCUCAGCACCUACACCGCACCUCUGCGCGCUCCAGCUCCAUCCGUCAAACCUAUAGAGAAAGCAAGCAGCGUCUCCUCACCCGCAGCGAUCCCGGCGAGACGGCCCGACCUAAGAUCAAACAACGUCUCACCUCGCUCCGCGCAGCCAUCGUCACUCCUCUUGCCUUGGCCCUCAACAUGCGCUUGCCUCAUUCCUCCUCAACGGGCAGCAGCCAAGACGAAGAUGACGCCUUCAACAGACGCGAGCGGGAGCGGCUGAGGAAGCGCACUUGGAUGACACCGCCGACCGUGGAGGAUGAAGAGGACGGGAGAGGGAAAGGCAAGCGCAAGUCAUUGGGCAAGUACGUCUCCUUCCGGUCCCUAGCCAGUAUGACCUCAUCUCCAAAGCACCACACGCCGCCAGAUGUGGCCAACGCACCACUGCGGGCGGCACCACGAUCGGCCAUGGUGACGCCUGCCCCGCUUGCCUAUGAGCCUCGACGUGGCAAGCUUAUUGAAAGGACAGACUUAUCCACAAGUGGCCUUAGGGCGAGCGUUCCCUUGCCUCCGCAGCCUUUUGAAGGCUUUCGCAGCUCAAAUCCCCAGGAAUGGCAGGCACUGAACCGCUUGACCGCUCUCGAUGGAGGACCAUUUCCGCCAGUGGCGCCGCUCAUACCUGGACUUCCUGGUCCUACAUCCUCCAGCCCGAAGGCCGGCAACAGCAGUGGUAAGGGUAACGGACAGGCAGAAAUGCUGUUGGGCCAAGGUAGCGCGGAUUCGAAACACACGCCCCUCAACAGCACAUUGGAGAUACUGGAUGUACCAGACCAUGUUCAGGCGCAAAGUGGUGCGCGGCAUCUAGAGGACGUGGAGCACACCGACGACGAAGAGGAUCUUGCCCUCUCCUCCAGCGGAGGGCCGAGGGAGGGGGAGAAGCAUUCUAUUCUAGGACACUCGACGAGGCCUACCGCAGUAGGGGCGGCGUCAUCCUCGAAUCUUUCUCCGCUCGCUUCUGAGGAGCUCCGAGGGAGCGUGGGCACAGAGGGAAGAGCGAAGGGCAAGGGGAAGGGCAAAGAGAAGAAGAAGAAGAAACCUUCCGCUUGGAAGAGGCGUUUCGGCGGAGAGAGGGAGAGGGACAGCCGAGGCAAGUUGAGUGAGGGAGAGAAUGACGAGGAUGGCCAACGUCAAGUCCAAGAAGCCGCCCGCGCUCCUCUCGCAACGCCUUCACGAGCAGAAAAUGGGGCUCUUGGUAGCGACGUCAGCGUGAAGGCGCCCAUCAAUAGCAGGGGCAAGGGAUCAAUCGACACUCCUUCCCGUCACAGUAGCCUGCGUCGUCACGACCGAGAGCAUGCAAAGGAAAGAGAGCGCAGCCGCAGCGCAAGUCGUGGUGGUGCUACUGCUACACCUGCGGGCGGGGCAGCGAUGGGAGAAGGUGGCGGAGCAGAGCUCGUCCGCAGUGCGGAGGAUGCCACCAAAGGGUUCAUGAGGAGAGCUUGGGAAUGAGAGAUGGGUCGUGAUGUCUGAGCGCUACUUUCCCUCUUGCUCUUUAUCGUCUCGUCAACGAUGCUCGAUACCCUGUAAGCAUCUCAUCGUCGUAAUGUUCACAUUGUGCUUUGACUCAGACUAUC